AUGGUGGAGAUCCCGUGCUUAACAGCGAAUAUCCAGGAUGCAGUGGGCGCUGUGGUUGAAGAUGAGUGUUAUUACCGAAAAAGUGGACACUACUCAAGCAUUUCUACUGCAGAAGAAGAAGAAGAAGAAGACACCAUCGCUGACAUAGAGGUCAAACGACUACGUGCAGAAAUGCAGUGUCUGGAGAUGACCACGAAGCGGAAGCUGAUUGGUCGGCUGGUGCCAUGUCGUUGUUUCCGUGGCGAGGAGGAGGUGAUCUCGGUGCUGGAUUAUUCCCACUGCAGCCUGCAGCAGGUCCCAAAGGAGAUCUUCAGCUUCGAACGUACUCUGGAGGAGCUCUACCUGGACGCCAACCAGAUCGAGGAGCUGCCCAAACAACUGUUCAACUGCCAGGCCCUGAAGAAGCUGAGUAUGCCCGACAACGACCUGUCCAACCUGCCCACCACCAUCGCCAGCCUGGUCAACCUCAAGGAGCUAGACAUCAGUAAAAACGGGAUCCAGGAGUUUCCAGAUAACAUCAAGUGCUGUAAAGGCCUGUCUGUGGUAGAGGCCAGUGUUAACCCCAUCACCAAACUCCCAGAAGGUUUCACGCAGCUCCUCAAUCUCACUCAGCUUUUCCUCAACGAUGCCUUCCUCGAGUACCUGCCCGCAAACUUCGGCAGACUCUCCAAACUACGAAUCCUGGAGCUGAGGGAAAACCACCUGAAAACAUUGCCAAAGUCAAUUCACAGACUCACACAGUUGGAGAGAUUAGAUUUGGGUAGCAACGAAUUCUCAGAAAUGCCCGAAGUAUUAGAACAGAUUCACAAUUUAAAGGAGCUGUGGAUGGAUAACAACUCUCUACAAAACAUACCAGGGUCCAUAGGGAAGUUGCGGCAGUUGCGAUACUUAGAUUUAGCGAAGAAUCGGAUCGAGUCGCUGGAUUCGGAUAUUUCAGGCUGCGAGACUUUAGAAGAUCUGCUGCUUUCUUCAAAUAUGCUCCAACAGCUCCCCGACUCCAUAGGAAUGCUGAAGAAACUGACGACGCUGAAGGUGGACGACAACCAGCUGACCUCACUGCCAAACUCCAUCGGGAGCCCAAAGCCCAAGCAAGGUCUGUCUCUGUUGGAGGAGUUGGACUGUAGUUGUAACGAACUGGAGUCUUUGCCCCCCACCGUCGGAUACCUGCACAGUCUGAGGACGUUUGCUGCUGACGAGAACUUCCUCACGGAGCUGCCACGAGAGAUCGGUAACUGCAGGAACGUGACAGUCAUGUCUUUGAGAUCCAACAAACUGGAGUUCCUCCCGGACGAGAUCGGGCAGAUGACCAAACUCAGAGUGCUCAACCUCAGCGACAACAGGUUGAAGAAUCUGCCGUUUACUUUCACGAAACUCAAAGAUCUAGCGGCUCUGUGGCUCUCCGACAAUCAGUCCAAGGCUCUGAUCCCGCUGCAGACUGAGGCCCAUCCUGAGACCAAACAGAAAGUUCUCACCAACUACAUGUUCCCUCAGCAGCCCAGGCACGACGAAGAUUACCAGUCAGACAGCGACAGCUUUAACCCGACCCUGUGGGAGGAGCAGCGGCAGCAGAGGAUGACCGUGGCCUUUGACUUCGAGGACAAGAAAGAAGACGAGGACAACACUGGGAAGGUCAAGGUGGAGAUAAACCUGAAGCGUUACCCGACUCCGUACCCCGAGGAUCUGAAGAACAUGGUGAAGUCGGUGCAAAGCCUCGUGGGUAAGAGCGUGCACGCAGGUCACCACCACCAACACCAGAUGAGUGGCGGCACGGUCACCACGGCGACCAACAUGGAACAUUCGCAUAUGGGCAAGGAGCCGUACGAGCCGCCCUGGCCGCUACCGCCGAAAGAGGUGACAGAUCGAGAGAUGCAGGAUUUCUCUCAGAGCCAACUCAUGGACCAGGGGCAGAUGCACAACUCAGGCAUCGACAUCCCCAAAAGGAAAGACAAGGAGGACCUCACAGAGAGCUCAGAGGACUCGAUGGGGGGCUCUCCUAAUGACAUCCGCAUCUCGGACAUGAGGCCCACCCUGGUGGAGCCUCCCAUGUACAAACCAAAGGUGGUGCUGCUCGGGAAGGACAAGAAAGAGUCGACUGACGAGGAGGUGGAUAAAAUGCACUGUCUGAACCACAGCGGGUCUUCGGCCACAUACUCAGACUAUUCUCCGUCUCAGGGCUCCUCGGGCUCCUCCAACCCCCCCAACGCUCACAACCUGCCCCACAACCACCCGCACGCCCCCACCAUGGUGCCCCCCACCAAAGAGCAGGCCCCCCAGACACACUGGACCAACAGACUAGCACAGUCCUUCCCAAAGCCCAUCGACUCCAAGCCCCUGCUGUCCCAGAGGGAAACCCCACCAUCUGGGACGCUCCAACAGCGAGGGGACCGCCGCCCGCUGAGCGAGCCGUUUGAUUGGACAGAAGCUCCUCACUAUGACAACACAGGCUUUGACGCCGAAGAGUCGGCUCUGGAGCCAUCCUCCUCCAGUCAGGGCAACCCUCCGCUGGGCUCCAAGCCCCGCAGCCAGUCCGCCCACGGCCGCAGGCCUCUGCUGAGGCAGGAGCGCAUCGUGGGGGUCCCUCUGGAGCUAGAUGCCCAGACUCUGCCCUACCACAGCUCCCAGAGGCCCACCCCCGACCAGGACCCGUCCGGCUCUCAGAACCCCUGGCAGAACUGGACCAGGACCCCCAGUCCUUUGGAGGACCGCACCGCCUUCCCCUCCAAACUGGACAUGACCCCCAGCUCCAGCCCCCAACCUGACCGCAAAGACUUGGACCAACGGCGCUCUGAUCAAAGCGCGGGCCCCUUGCCCGGCAGCUGGUCCUAUAAUCAACAUGAACAGACCAGGAAGGACCAGCUGACGGUCACCGGGAGCAACAAGGUCACCGUGGUGAUGAGCAAAAGCUCGGACCGUCUGUCGCCCAUGAUGAGGGAAACCAGGUCAAAGUUCAAGAAGUCUCAAAGUAUCGAUGAGAUUGACAUUGGGUCCUACAAAGUCUACAGUAUUCCAGUGGACAGUUACAGCUCGUCCAUCGAGCAGCAGACCAGUCUGGACCGACCCGAGCUGCCCGGGUCUAUGGAGCAGAGCAGUAUGUCGCGCUCUCAGUCUGCGCCCAUGCUCGACGAUGACCUGGUGUUUAUGGGUCACGGGGUCAACCAGAACCAGUCCGGGCAGAACCAGAAGCCCAACAUCCCCCAGAAGGCCUAUCACUUUGACCAGAACUACAACCCACAGGUUACCAUGGACCGCCGCGUUCCUCCCCCGUUCCCCAACACUCCCGACUACGUGAACCACUCAACGAAGGCCAUCGAGUACCUGAACCAGCCGUCCAAGACCCUGACGAAGGACCUGGUGAGCCCGCGCUACAGAGACUACCCUCCCAUAGAGAUGUUCUCCUUCCCCCAGCCCCCCCAGACUCAGGACGGGCCCCAAACGCAGUCCCAGCAGCCCCUCCCCUCACAGAGAUCCAGGCCGGGUUUCCUCAGGCGUGCGGACUCUCUGGUCAGCUCCACAGAACUGGCACUUUUCCGCAGAGUCCAGGAAGCCCAACAGGAGGCGCUACAGGAGCAGUACAGGCAGCAGAUGGAGCCUCCACUUUAUGGUCGAGCUCUGGCCUAUUCCACCAUCAUGGACCAGUCCGCCCUCUCCAACAUGGCCGACUCCCAGACCCAGAUGCUGCACAACAAACGCAACGGUCGCUAUGACGAUGACUACAGCGCGUACCAGGACCAGAAGAAGCCCAUGAUCGGGUACCCCACCAAGAGCCUAACGCAGCGGCGCCCCCUGUCUGCCCGAAGCUACAGCACGGAGACAUAUGGAGCCUCACAGGCGCGUCCCGUCUCCGCCCGUCCGACCAUGGCCGCCCUUUUGGAGAAGAUGCCCCCUGAUUACACUCUGGCCACGUGUCCCGAGAAAGCAUCAGAAGACACGAUCAAAGUGCGUCCGGUGGUCCCCCAAAAACCUGAAGAUAUCACAUCCAAAAUGCCCCCCGACUGGAGACAACAGCUGCUCAGACACAUCGAGGCUAAGAGACUGGACCGGAGUGGUGUCCUAAAGCACAACACGCUCACGCUGGGCAUGCUCUGUCAGGGCGGGGGGCACUUUAACCUUUACAAUAACAAUAAGCAUGAGCCCCCUGCUGGCCGCUGGCUGCCACUGCCUCCUCCUCCGAACGCCAACGCUACGCCCUCUCAGCAGUCGGCCAUCUUGGAUAACGACCAGGAAGGAGGGACCGCGGGGAACCAGUGGGUGCCCUACUCACUGGGACGAAGAGACGUGCCCCCGGAUAACCUCAUGAAGAAGGGUGGCCACGCCCAUAACCCAUCCCACCAAACGCACAACGCCAUGAUCGUCACCACCUCCUCCUCCUCUGCCACCAUCUCUCAUCGCGUGGGAGGGCAGCAGGGCUACGACAACAUGAUGAACAAGGGGGGGCAGUACCAGCCUGGGAUGCCCCUGUCUGUGGUGCCAGCGGGGCAGUACCAGGCCUCCAUGCAGCAAGCCCUCCCAGCCCCGGGACAGGCCUACCCCAGCUCAGGCUUACCCAUGGCCCUGUCGCCUUCAGGAAACCAGCCCCAGUUCCCCUCCCACCAGCCCACACUGCCCGCCACCAACCCCCAGUACCACGCCAACCAGGGCAUGAGCCACGGCAACCAGAACGUCAUGCACGGCAACCAGGUGGCCAUGCACAGUAACCAGGUCGUCACGACAACCCACACCAACCCCCGGCCCCAGAGCGCUCGCUGCCUCCUGCAGACCAAAGGACAGAAGAGCACCGACGGCUUCCAGGAACAGCUCUGUGUGCGGAUAGAGAAAAAUCCCGGCCUUGGCUUCAGUAUCUCUGGAGGCAUCAGUGGUCAGGGGAACCCCUUCAAACCCUCCGAUAUGGGUAUCUUUGUUACUAGGGUACAGCAUGACGGGCCCGCAGCCUCCGUCCUGCAACCGGGAGACAAAAUACUGCAGGCCAAUGGACAUAGUUUUCUGAACCUGGAGCACGACGUGGCCGUGUCUUUGCUCAAAAGCUUCACUCGGACAGUGGACUUGGUGCUUCUGAGGGACAGCAGCUCACACUAG